UAUAUCUUGAUGCCACAGGUAGUGUGGUUGGCAAACCUCAUCCAGCCAGCCAAUCUGUUCUUUAUUAUGCAGUUUGCAUUGAGUGUCAGUCUACUACCAAAACAGUGGUUCCUGUGGCUGAAAUGAUUUCAGCUGAUCAAACAACGGCAACAAUUCUGCACUGGCUAACUUGCUUGCGUCGUGACUUCUUUAAGCUUUUUCAGAAGCACUUAAAACCACAAAAAGUUGAAACUGAUUUCAGCUGGGCGAUGAUUCAUGCCGUAAUUCAGGCAUUCAACACCAUCACUGUUCAAGAGUAUCUAAAGAUUUGCUUCCAGCUGUGCCAGGAAAAUGGAAAAGUGGAGAUGACAGUCCUACACCUCUGUGCUGCUCACAUGCUGAAGCUGGUAAGCAUGAAGUUAGCCAAGAUGCAGUGCAAAAAAGAUAUAAAACGCUUUUUCUUGUACUGUUUUGCCCUCUUACAAAACACGUCAACAUUCAACCACAUUUUAUCAGUGAUGAAGAGUGUGGUGUUUGUUUUUUCUGCAAGAAAGAACACAAAUGGGUGUCAGAAACAUCUGUCAGCUCUCAAGGAUGCAAUCAACAAGCAGAAUGCAGAUCAAAUCAAAGUUGAAAUGGAAGAUGGUGAGGAAGAUCCUGAUGAUUCAGAAAAGUUUGGAAAAUCCUUCUCCAAGUCUUCACCAUUCUUUGGCCCCAUUGAAAGGAUCGUCAGGCAAACAGAACAUGAAGCUGAGGAGGAGGAUGACACAGAGAAAAAUGGAGAGCCAAAUCCUUACUGCUGUGAGUCCAUAACUGAUAUAUUACUACAUUAUGCAGGGGUUGUUCCUCUCUGGACAGGUAUUAUGCUAACAGCUCUUGGGAAAACAAGAGACAGCAAUGCUGCUGUUGAGAACUGGUUUCGGACCACAAAGACAGUCAUCCUCACCUCUAAAUUGCACAGAAGAGCCGGGGAUUUUCUCCAAGUUCAGCAUGAGUUUGUGGUGGGACGACUGAAGGGAGUUUCACUGGGGAAGAAAAGGGGGCUCCCCAUGAAAUCAAGUGCUAAAGAAGCACAGGACACUGAUGGCCCAGAGGCCCUUCCGCUGACACAAGAGGAGCAAUGGCACAAGCGCACAACCCAAAAGAGAAAAUCCAGGUACUACAGUGCCCCACCUACAAGAAAGAAAGUUAAACUGUCUGCACCACAACAAACAAAAGGAUGCUGUCCACCGUGGGGAGGGGAGGGGACCAUUGGCGAUCAAACAAUCAAGUUAACAAACACAUGUACAGUUGACAACCUCCUGUACACAAUCCACUUGGCAAUUAAAAGACGAUCCGGCAUAGAAAGUGACUUACAGAAACAUUCACAUGUUGACCCAUGGAUAGCAACCUUACUGCAGGUGCAUGACCAUUUCAACAAAAAGGAAUGGGGCCAAGGAAAGUUACUGUGGCUGAACCAGAUUGGAAGGUUCAAAGGGCAACUGUGGAAUGCCUUCGGUACAGAGGAGGACAUGGUUACUUACAGACUGGGAUUCCUUCUAAACACAGAGCUUGCUGGAAAGUGUCAAAGUCCAGACUGCCCUGUUGUAAAAAGGAUCUCAGGCUCCAUUGACAUAUUUUGUGAGGAUUUUGGUGACUUUCAGGCUAAAAUAGACAAGUGGGCCAGUGAAAGUAUCAAAUCUCUGCCAUGUAAAAGUGGCCCAAAUCCAUGCACUGAAAACCAAGCAACACAGCAACGCACCUUUGUGCAUGGACUGCCAUGUCUUUUAUUGGUUACAGUUGUGCACAGAGGCUUUGCUGCAAAGAAGCUGCUUCCUACAGACUUGCCAGAACUCAUUUCAAUCCUUGGUGGAAAGUAUGAACCAGUUGCCAUCACCUAUCACCUGGGGACUGCAAACCACUUUGUGGCUUUCCACAGGCUGGGCCUACAAAAAAACUGGCACUUUUAUGAUGGCCUAAAAGAAAUGAAGAAACCAGGAAGUGGGGAUGUGCCCAUUACAAACACAAACAUGCUGAAAAAACUUGGGAAAAAACCACAUGUUGGCCACGUGCUCAUGGUCAGGGACAAAGCAGCUGAAAGUGUCGACCAAAGGCAAAAGAAAAAUGCAGAACUGGUAAAAUUCAUUGUGGAAGACAGAGGUGCUGAGGACAGGUUAAGGGCCAUUGUGUCUGGUGAUGAGAGGUCUCAUUAUUCGUUUGAGGAAAGGUGGGUUCCUAUCAUCUUUGAUGAUGAUGCACAGCUUGACAAAGUUGUUUCAUACUUGUCAAGCUUUCUUGCUGGCUGUAAACACCUGUCUCCUGAAGUGUGCUCCAUGAUCGCCAGGGAUAGGAUUAAAUUCAUCCUGCAUGUGCUGCUUUCAGAGGCAACACUACAGGCUCUGAUAGAAAAAAGGAGCAUGACACAGACUGAGGCUGUGGCAGAAGUUGACCAGGGGCAGAUGGAGGAAAGGUUAGAGUACACACAGUCACUAUUUCUGAAAAGAGCAUACAAUAAGAUAGUAAUAUUAAUAGGGUUGAUAAUUUGUUGAUCUAUGUUUUUUUCAAGUGAGAGGCAAGCCCUACUCAUGCAAAUAAAGAUAGAAAUGGAGAAGCGGGGCCUUCCUUAAAAAAAGAAAGCCAAAGAAAG